AUGGCCAACCCAGGAAACGUCAUCGGCGGCCACAAGGCCAACCUCAACAACCCCAACACUUCGGAGGAGUCCAAGCAGCACUCUAAGGAAGUCCUUGAGCAGGCCUCCAACAGUGGCGAGAUUGAUACCUCGUCCUCCUCUUCUUCUGGCUCUACUGAGGGCCAGAACCCCAACAACGUUGCCGGCGGCUUGAAGGCUACCCUCAGCAACCCGAACACUUCGCAGGAGGCUAAGGAUAGCGCUAAGGAGCGUCUCGACAACAUGUAA